AUGAGUUCCAAUAUUAUCCUUUGCGAGACAGGGUAUUAUCGAUCUGCCUGCGUCGAAUGCCAGCGCAGGAAACAAAAGGCAAGUUCCGAUCGAAUCUACAGCCCUGUCGGAUCGUUCACACCCAGUCCCACGCCGCCAGCUGCCGGUGCUCCUAGCUCCCAUCUCCAUCUCAACCGUCGUCCUCCUUUGGGCAACAUUGAGACUCUCUCUUCUCCCAAAGUCGCCACAACUUGCAAUCGUGAAUGGCCCUGUGACAGCUGCCGCCGUCGUAAGGUUCCCGAUGGCUGUCGCUACAACGAAAGCUCAGUCCAAGGGGAAUCUGCCUCCGCCUCGGACAAGGUCGAUAUCUUUCCGGAUCACUCGGCCAAUCGAGCCAAUCUCAAUGCCAGCGAGGGCCAGGUUUUCGAGGUCCUGGCCGAACGUACCUUUAUAAAUCUAGGCAUCGACAGCGCUCCCAGGGAAGAUGCGCCCCCGGAACAGACCUUGGACAUGGUCCAACUUGGCUCUUCAAUCCAAUUUGAUCGCCUUAUUGAGUUACUGCCCCAGCGACGGUUAAUGGACGAUCUCAUCCAACUGUUCAUCAACGAUGUCAACUUUCACUACUACAUAAUAUAUCCUCCCCUAUUUUUGCAGGAGUAUCAUAUCUGGUGGGACCGUCGCGCACAAAGCAAGCCCAUCUCCCUGCAAUACACUUGCCUGCUCGCCAUGCUCUGCUCUUGCACCAUCCAACAUGUUGCGGAUGACUUGGAAAGGGCAGUACUGGCCGAGUAUCGAGAGCCCAUCCAUCCUGUAUCUGACAAGAUUCAUGCCGCCGUACGUGAGCUUUCUGGCGUCAUUCCCGUCGGCCACUACCACAUGAUGAAUGUUCAGCGCUUGAUUCACUCUUGUUAUUGGUACAAGGCUGAGGCUCGGUUUGUGGAAGCCUGGCAUGUCCUGAACCAGGCAAUACUUGAGGCCAAGGAGCUUGAACUGCACAUCGAGCCCAAGCCGAACGCGGUGUCCGACUUCGACCGCGAGAUGCGUCGACGUCUUUGGUGCAUCCUUGACACCUGGGAUUGGCAAAUAUCUUCGGGUUUGUCCCGCCCCAAACUCAUUGACCGUGGUGGCUGCACUGCCGAACUUCCUGAACUCACUCUGGAGAACUACGACCCUUCCCCAAUGGAGCAUAUGAAGAUGCAGUCCCAGCUGACUCGUGAGCUGGCAACACGCUUUGGAGCACCCAAAAAUAUUAUUUCAACCCAGGAGGUCCAGGAAUACAAGGAAAUCAUCCUUUCCUGGGUCCGCCGCUUCCCCAAGAUUUACGACUUUUACGACCCGGACAUGUCGAGGGAUUCUGUUCACCCCUGGAUCUUCCCCCACAGAUUCUACCUUUACACCAUGGCCUGUUUGUUGAUUCUGAACCCUAUCCGUCAUUACAUGGUCAAAUCAUACACAAAAGACUCUCCCGCGGAUGACCUGACUUGCCGCGCAGACGGACUAUUCUUUUCGCUGAUCCUCCUCAAGACACAGCGGAAAUGGGUUGAUAAAAUCAAUGGCAGAGACGGGCGUCUGCAUUUUAUCGUGUUUUCCAUCUUCGACACCGCUGCUAUCCUUUGUACUGCUCUGGUAAAGGACCACGCCAACACCAUCGAGAAUAAAGAGGACGUCUUGCAUGCUAUUGCGGAGUCUACUGCUAUGCUCAAGGCUUUGGUCAACAUCUCAGAGACAGCCAAGAUGUCUCAUGACAUUCUGUACCGCCUCACCAAGAAGCUCAAGAAGCCCAGCGCGUCAAAAGAGUCUGGUGACACGGGUCGGAAGCGCACAAAGAUUGUGCCUGUCGCGCCAUCGCAAUCCACUUCAUCUAAGGCCUCCCCCGCCGCUGCCUCCACAAAGCAAAAAGGUGCAGCGCCCAAGAUAAACCAGUCGCGUGCGUCUACUAAGGUCGCUUCCAACGCUUCGCAGUCCUUGCCAAAUGGUACCGCCUCACAGUCCAUGCCGGGUGCCAACACUUCACAGUCCUCAUCUGCUGGAUAUGUGUCUUCUGAACAAGCAAACCCAGAUAGUUACAGCAUUUCCUCGACCAACUUUGACGGCUACAGCAACCUCCCACCACAAUUGGAUGCGUACAGUCACCCUCCGGCCACGGCUCCCCCGAUGCCUGCUCAUGUUAGUGCGUCUGCCGCAGCGCAUACAAUGGUGCAGCCCGUGCCCAGGGUGAACGCUCCACAAAUGGCCCAUCAACCAAUGCCACGAAUGGCCGGUGACCAAAAUGGUCAUAGCAUGCCGCAGCAGUCCACGAUGCACAUGCAAAUACCCAUGCCCAUGGCCAACCCCAGCUACUUCCAGCUAAUGCACCCAAGUAUGCCGCCGUCUCUCGAACCGAACCCGCCUCUAGACUAUAACUCGCCUCAGCCCGGCCCUGCCGUACAGCCCGUCGGCUACGCGCAGCCGCCGCCUCUAGGCACCGGGAUUUUCAACAUGAAUGUCGCCGACGGCGUCCCAGCCAUUGCCAACCUCUGGGACGCUCCGGCUGGACCCAUUGCGCCCGUCAUCUCCUACUCCAUUUUGGGUCACAACGUGCCCGUCAACGUCGUGCCACAGCCGCGCGAGCUCUAUAUCGGCCAGCAGCAGGAGCACAUCGUACCGGAACUCAACCUAUCCAACCUGACCGAGGCUGACAUUGGCGGGCUCGCGCCCCUGUGGAGCUGGCACUCGAGCAACCUGUUCCCCGAUGAUACGCAAAACGGACCCCCUGCGUAG